AUGCAAGUAUCCGCUGAUACCGGAUCGGAUCACGAAGAAAGGGGAACAGCUUUCGCACUAGCAGAAUGGGUACCACCGUCAAAACGGAUUGAGAGGAUCGAUGUAAUUGAGAAAGGAGAAGGCAUGUUUGGCCUGGGAUUCUUACCUCAGUGCCGUAUGAUAGUGCCUGAGUACAGCUUCUUGGAUGCUCGGGGUUUGGGAGUGUAUGAAGGAAAGAAGCUCGACUUUGUCUCGGUGGUUGCAGCUAGACAAACUGCCAGUACUGGUAUGGUUGCUUUGAGCUAUGUUCAGAAAGUAUCUGAAAAGGUUUCUCUAGCAUCAGACUUCAUGUACAACGCUAUGUCAAGGGAUGUCACAGCUAGCUUUGGAUAUGAUUAUAUUCUACGCCAAUGUCGUUUAAGAGGAAAGAUAGAUUCUAAUGGUGUCGUGGCAGCUUUCCUGGAGGAACGUUUUAAUAUGGGCCUCAACUUUAUCCUUUCGGCUGAGAUUGAUCACAAGAAGAAGGAUUACAAGUUUGGAUUUGGACUGAGUGGGAGAAUAGAUUAUGCACUUCCCAUGGGUGUUUUCCAUUUCAGCUGA